AUGUGUUUAUGCACUUUGUUGUCUUCUUUCUCUACAUCGAUGGAUUCCUACGUGUACAUCCGAUUCUUCAUCGGAAUGUUUUGUGGAGGCUUAACCACGGUCGGUACAAUUUUGGUGGUGGAAAGCCUUGCCAGCGAAACAUCGUCUCUGGAUGUGUACGGUGCGGAAUUCCAGAAAGUCCGAAAUUUCUUCUACAAAAGCAUCGGAAGUCAAAAGGCGGUUCGUGCUCUCAUCUAUGUGAAUAGCUUCAGACGGGACAAACUCAAGUUUUCUGAAGAUGAGAUUGAAGGAGCAGUAGACAGAGCGUUAGCAAUGACAGGCGAGGCGGAACGUUGUGGGAAGAAGAAAUACACCUUUGUCCAUCUGUAUGCAACGAAAACGCUGGCAAUACGUACACUUGUGCUGUCAUUUGGAAUUGCGCACGUUAACUCUUCUGGCUUUCGGGACAACUGGAUGCAUAUUUCUUCAGUUCCUUCUGGUAACAGCAGAGCUUUAUCCGACCGCUAUCAGAAACCUCGCCAAUUCUCACAUAAACGUGUGCGGACGGCUUGGGAAUUUUCGGCGACCGCUCUAUUCGAGCGUUCUAGUCCUUGGGAGAAAAUCUCAAAUCAGCGACAGGAGAGUUUUCGUGAAAAACCCGAUGGGGUCGCUGGCUUCCCGUACUUGGUGAUGGCGGCAAUCGGAUUUCUCGAUAUUGUCUUCUUUCAAUUCACACUACCUGAAACCAAAGGAAAUCCGCUCCCGAGCGAGAUGCCAGCGAAGAAGAAAAAAGCUACCAUUGAAAGCAUGAAACUUAUCAAUAGAGCAUAA